AUGACUACGGCGAUCGGGAUGCUACAGAAUAACGGCUUGGCCAGUCCUGAGGGAAAGAAUGCGGCAAUGGGCAACGGGUUAAAAGCAGGCGAGAAGGUGAGCUCCGCUGGCCUUUCCAAGGAAUUGAACAAACAAUCGCAGCAGAAGCUUCUCGACGCUGCUUCAAAGGCGCCCAAGCUCCCGCAUGUAGAGGUCAAUCAACUGCCGCUGGCGCUUUUGAUCCGUAACCUUACAGUUUUCUCCAUUAAAGAACUUGUGCAAUUCCUGAAAACUAGUGUCCACGAAGGCCAGGAUGCUACAGUAAAGAAGACUGCAUUUUUGCAACUGGUGGUUUAUCUGAGGAACCAGUUCCUCAAAAUCUACGUACUUGUGAAAUGGUGCCGAACCAUAAGGAACAACAACUUUAACUCUAUGAUCGACUUACUCAAUUGGUUCCGAGGUUCUAAUAUGGUGGUCAAUAACUGCAUAUGGGCUCUGAAGGCGAGCUUGGCCGGUAUGACAAAUGCCAAGCUACCUAAUCCAGAUUUGAUCACCGCACUUGAAGUCUUGAGUCUGGGUCGACCUAAUCUGCCGACUCACAAUUUUACUCUAAGCGGGGACGAAGAUUCUCACAAUGGAUCCAAGACGUCGGUGGUCCCAUCAAAACUCAUUUUAAAAAAGUUGAGGGAUAUGAAUAUCAUCAUGUCCGUCAAAGUAUCUGUAAUGGAGCUUCCCGAACAAUUCAAACAAUACUCUGUCCGGGAUGGUCGACUUUCAAUUCGCGUUGAUAAUGAAUUUGAGAUACAGCUCUCUACAACCGACCAAAGAUCCCCUCUUUUCUUCGUUGAUCUAAAACUGCUGUUCAACGAGUUCUUGCCGUUGAACAAAUAUAAGCUAGAAAAAGUCAUCAACGAAGUGCUUUACAAAAGCCCACGUCCUCUUUUUGCUCUCUAUCGGCUUCUCCAUAACCACGUUCUGUCCGUCCAAAUGUACAUGAUCCAUGCAGAACUUUUGGACCUCGAAUCCAACAGCAAAUACUCCGGUGGUAAUCUAGUGCAUCACUACGAUUCGAGAAAGAAUAUCAUAAACCUCAAAUACUGGUUACAAAGUCGACUCAAGGGUAAGUGUAAUGCAACUAUUGGGGUUGAAGGGAAAACGGGCAGUAUUAUCCUAAAGUGGAACGUUGAAGGCAUAGUUGAGAACCAGCCUGAUGUACCUGUGCCUUAUACGAAUGUCUUGACUAACUUGGGAAACAUUUUGGACGAGAUAAUGUUUAACCACUCUCAAAUGAUUAAAACGGAACUUCUUUCUACUGGGGUAUUGCAAGAGGAUGAGGAUAUUUCCGACGCGUUGUUGUUCAACGUUCCCUCAACUCCGGCGUCAGUCAUUCCCAUUCAACUUAAGAUAAACUUGAUCAGUGGUGUGUUCUACGUGAGGAAUCCAAGUGGCUUAUUAACAUUUUACAUCAACCAAAUCAACAAAACUACUACAACUGACGACUUCAUCAAAGUUUUGAGCAGGCUUAAACUCGAUAAGAUCAUCUCGAUUUUAAGAAACAUGUUUGAAAAGGUUGGCUGGGUUUGCAAAAACGUCGUGAAGUUAAGUGGACCAGUUUCAAAAGAUCCAAGCAGGGCUCAAGAGAAGAUAUUGUCGCGUGACCUUUUCAUCAGAUUGAAUAGCUGGCCCGCCAAUUGGUAUCUCAUUCUCAGCGUAAUAUCCUCAAAUACCGCGUGCGUUAUUGAGAAGAGAAUCGGUAAAAUUACCGCCUCGAAAGGAAAUUGGGAAUUGAGGUACUUGGAUACUGAAAAUGUCGCCACCCUGAAGCUUGAAUCCAUGACUUACCAGAAAAUAAUUCAUUUGAAGAAAACAAGCUUGCAUACGAUUGUCGAUCAUAUGAUAAUCGAUUCUCUCAAUGAGCUACACAUCCGAAACAAGAUUUGCGCUGGCAAUAACCUGAACGCCGUGCCAGACUAUAUUUUACGCGACGGCCAGUCACAUCAUCUAUCGGUGUUGAGCAUAGAGUUGGAGUCUUUUCUCGGCGGUUCUUGUGCACUGAACCAUAUACUCGAGAAGACCAUGUUCCUGCGUAUCGACUACCAAGAUAGCAAGAUAAAGCUAUUUGGGAAGUUCAAGCACAAUAGUAAAGUGAUAGGAUACCAAUACAACGAUAUGCUGAUGGAAUUUACUGACAAAGGAGCAUUGUCAUUCUUCAUGUCAGAAAUUUUCACUGAUCUGAACAAUAUCGUCCAACAUUUUAGUGCUUUCAAACAAAAGUUGAUGCAGAUUGUGACUCUUACAGAUGUAAUUGAAAGAUUACACGACUUCUAUUCCGAGAACUUCAGCAUUGUUGCUCUAAAGCCGAACGAAAUCUCUUUCAAGUAUUUGAAGAACAGUAACGAUGAUUAUGACUGCAGAAUUCACAUUCUUACCAGUGAUCACAGCGUUGAGAAUUUAGACGUCAAAUUGUCGCCGUCAAAUCCGCAAUACAUUAUUCAACCCUUUAUUGAGUCUAGCAAGCAGGACUAUCACUUCGUUUUCAACUACCUGCAGUUUACGUCCGGGUUCUUCGGAGUACUGGGGUCGAUUUUAACUUCACCUGGAAACAACGUGAAAGCGACCAAUGGAUAUACCACGGUGUCGCUCCAACUGCAUAACCUGUCCGAGUACGAACUAAUAUAUUAUAAUCCGGAGACAAACACUAAGAUCACGUUGAUGAUAGAGCUGCGCAACGUAUUUUUGAACGGUGUCAAGAAACUGCGCUAUUUCGUACAUUUCGCAGACGACGAGCAUAUUUCUACUAAAAGCCCUGCAUACCCACUAGUGCAUCAAGUACGCAACACUGUAUUCAUGAUUGAUAGUGCUACCCUGGUCACAAGUGACACCAUCUCUGGCCUUGGGUCUCCCAAGAAACCUAAAGCCUCCUCUGUGAUCAGACUAACGGAAGGUCUAUGCUGUGAUGCGGCUGAUAUCGAGCUUGUCAUCAAGGACAUUAACGAUAUUCUCAAGAUCGAUUGCAUAUAA